GAGCAUUCGAGCGCUCGCCAGCGUCUGGGCCACUCCGUGCUGAAUGUCUGCGGUGCGUGUCGAGCGUUUCAGCAUCUGCAAAAUCUGAAAUGCAUUGUGUCGUGUUUGGUAACCCGUUUACACCUUUUGUGCUGGUAUAACUAAGGUACAAAGCAGGAGACUUGAGCCUCCGUAUAAACCAAUUUUGAGCUAGCAGGCAAUACUUGUCGCAAUUGAAGCUUCCUCAGCAAACCUUCAAGAGAACAGAACCAGACAGAGGAUAGUUACAAUUCACAACAGGUAUGAUUGGCAAAGUGUUGUUAGCUUGUCUCCUGUGCGGCGUGCUGGCGACGUGCUCGGGUUCCAGCUCGAGCUCCAGCACCAGCUCCAGCUCGAGCGCCUCUAGAGGCCCCCGGUCCUUAGAGAGACUCCUCCGAAGGAGUGUCGCCAUCGCCUCCAGCCUGCACAAGUUGCGCUCCGCAAGGGUACGGCGCUGGGAGAGCUCCUCCCCGAUCUGGAAGCGCCUUCACAGGAUCCAGCAGCGCGCCAUGGACUUCUCCGGGAUGCCGGACCUGAGUUUAAUUCCCGACGCGGUUCAGGUGGCCCGGGCUUUCGACGAAACGCAUAAGCUCGUCAACAAGGACCUGAACGAUAUCAAGUUGGGCUGGCAAGACAAGCCUUUUGAUUUGCCGGGACUUCCCCCUCAACCUGCAGCAGCAGGUUGGGAUGAGGAGCCGUCUGAUGAUUGGGGGCCAGUUGUCUACCCUGGCCUGCCUGACAACCACGAGGAUGACUGGGGAGAAUUUCUAGAACCAUGCAGUGACGACAUCGUCGGCAAUGCUUGCACACACAACAGCGACUGCCCAGGUUGUGGGGCGUUCCAUUGCUCAUCCAGCACAAAUCGCUGUGUGGCAGGCGCGGAACCAGACCCGAAUUUUGGUGGAUUCUUCUGAAUGCCGUACGCCUUCACCAUUGACGUUUGGAUUCAGUGGUAUUACAUUGAGACUGUUCUUUUGUAUUGGUUAUGUUCUGGUUGUGCUCUGGGAUAUUCUGUCUUCGUUCUCAGCAACCCUUAGGCUCGUCCAAUGCACUCCCUCUCCGAUUCUUUUCUCCUUGUGUGCUUCGUAACAAGACGGUGGUUUGAAUCUCACACUCCGUCGGCUAGCAGCGUGAGCGGCCGGGACUGAUUGUGGGACCACGAACCCACAGAGUUACACGGAGAGGCCCCUGGCAGUUUUUCCAUUUUCUUGUUUCUCUUCUUCGGUAUUCAAAAGGAGGUAACUCCUCACAAUUGCUUGUGUCAUUUUACAGCCUUGGUCACUCAACUCACUAAUCUCCCUUUUCUAAAGGCAUAUAUCUACUCGCUCCCAAUAUAUAGGCAGCGUGUGUUAAGGUAUUUCAGUUCCUUGUGGGUAAGAUGGCCCAGCUCCCAAAGAAUUUACAAGAAAGGGAGAACGAAAAGAAAGAAAAUUUUCAAUAUGAUGUUUAUUACGCUAAGAUUCUAUGAGCGUUUUCGAAACGACUGGCUUUGGCUUCGUUUCGGCUAAAGGAUAUUUUAGGCCCCCAACAUCGGGAACUCACUUACAUUUUGGUGCCUGUUAUGCUUCAGGAACAUUCAAUGGGUUGAUAUCAAGCCAAAAGUUGGAAUAUGUUUUGUUUAGUUUGCCUCUCAGUGAAGUUCAGAAGAUAGGGGGCAAAGCCGAAGCUGAAGACAAAGCAAAGGUUUCGAAAAAACCCUAUAUCAUUGACCCAGUGAAUCAGAGUUUCAUUAGUCAAGGGCCAGAAAUCUUCCGAUGUCGGAUGCCUGUGUAGUGUGAAAUUUAGACUCCGUGAAAUACUGGUGCCUGGUCACGUUUGAGGUACAAUAGGCCUAUAAGGUACAAGACGGACCAGACUAAAAAGGAGUCAAACUUUCAUGUCAUUGUCAUCGGGAACGAAACCUGAUUUUCGAAUAUGAUACUCUUCCUAAUUUCUUCGUUUUAUAUGAUUGUCAAUCCUCACUCAAGAGUCAGUAUAAAAUUUGCACCCUACUCCUCAUUAUAUAAGGCGACACGUCGAUAAACGCCCAUCCUUGCUUCGUGAUUCUUUUGGCAUUGAGGUGGGCUUAUACAAGUUAUAUCUCAUCCUCAUCAAAUAAUACGAUCUGAAAUGACAAAGUC